UCACACUCUCUCCUGGUUUUACGAUCUUUGUUGCCAAAAAGAGAAGGGCCUCUCGAGACAAGUGUUAGAAUUACAAACACAACACCAGCUUCCUCUUCUCGACACGACCCUCCGUCAUGUCUGCGCCAGCUAUGUCUUCUCCUUGCCACGUUUCAUCACUCUCUUCCACUAUAUAUACACACUUACACAUCUCCUCAUCUCUUUGCCUUACCACUCACCAAAAAUCGUCACAUAACAACUCAUUCGAGCUGUCAACAUCAGCAUAUGUCAUCCAUAGACCCAAAGGUAAUGAUGGUUGGUGCAAAUAAGAAACAACGAACGGUCCAGGCCAGUUCGAGGAAAGGCUGUAUGAGAGGAAAAGGUGGACCCGAGAACGCGUCUUGCACUUACAAAGGCGUUAGACAACGCACUUGGGGCAAAUGGGUCGCUGAGAUCCGUGAGCCUAACCGAGGAGCUCGUCUUUGGCUUGGUACUUUCGACACCUCCCGUGAGGCUGCCUUGGCUUAUGAUUCCGCAGCUCGUAAGCUCUAUGGGCCCGAGGCUCACCUCAACCUCCCCGAGUCCAAAAGAAGUUACCCUGAUACAGCGUCCUCUGGGAACACACCAAGCAGCAACACCGGUGGAAAAAGUGGCGACUCGGUCAAUGAGGAAUCGCCUUGUUCAUCCAACGAGAUGAUGUCAUCGUGGGGAACAGAGGAGAUAUCAUGGCCGGAACAUAUGAACGUGGAUUUGCCGGUAACGGAUGAUUCUUCAAUAUGGGAAGAAGCUACAAUGUCGUUAGGGUUUCCAUGGGUUCAUGAAGGAGAUGAUGAUAUUUCUCGGUUUAAUACUUGUAUUUCCGGUGGCUAUUCUAAUUGGGAUUCCUUUCAUUCCCCACUUUAAGGUUUCACUGAACUCUUCUUAACGACUAUUAAGACCUUAUCAUAUACAAUAUACAUACUCAGAAUCGUCACUGUGUUCUAGGAAUAUGUGUAAAUAAUAAAUAGACAUCAGCUCUGUGUAAUUAUGUGCAUCUACAUGUGGUUUGCUGUAGUGUAAAAGCAGAUUCUUACCACAUCAAACACAUGAAAAAAGACAGUUGUGUGUCACGAAUGCAAAAGUGUGUCUUGUGGAAAAUUAGAAGUGCAAUGUAUCUGUGUAAUUAAAACGGGAUAUUACGUUUUGUGUG